UUGAACGUGCUUUCUUUACGAGUGAAGUCUUCCUUAAUUGUCACUGCAGUCGAGUUGUUUUUGAAAAUGCUGAAUAAAUACAUAUAAUUUAAUUAAUAAGUGAUUAGUUAACCUACAAUCUUUCAAUGAUACUUAGACUGAACUUAAUUAACCACAAAAAAGCUGUUUGCACGACGGUCGGGUCUACGUAACCAGAACGGGCCCGGAUUUUUAUAUGGCCAAGGACUCGGUGGAAUUCUGCCUUUACAACAACCGCAGAAAAAUUACUUCAAAUAUAGGAUACGCAAACAUGUUAUUUUCGUGUAAAGUAGGCUGCGCAUUUAUUGUAAAAAUUUAUUAUUUCAAAUUGAAAUAGCGGCGAGUAAAAAGGGAAAUUUGAGUUUUUUGAUUUUAGCUGAAAUUAGAAAUAAAUACGCUUACACCUGCAAAAGUAUGGCAUCAAUAACAAUCAACUGUUCGCUUGCGCUUCGGAAAGCCGCUCGUAAAAUCGUUUGCGAUUCGAUACGCUGCAUCUCAAGUACUAAAAUUUGUUUAGCGGAAAUGAACGAUCCCAUGGAUCAUGCAACUGGCAUAGAGAAACGUGAAUUAGAACAAUGGAAGGCUGGUAAUAAAGAUCCUUGGUUGCUCGACACGGUCUUAAAGCGCGGACCCGGCACCAAGGAGCAGCCAACAAUGAUACCAUCCGCAUUCGAUGGACGUAUUGUGGGCUGUUCCUGUAAGGGCAAUCGCUUUGUGAACUGGAUGUGGCUUGAAAAAGGUGCGCCAAAACGUUGUGAAUGUGGAUUCUAUUUCCAAUUGAAGGAAGUAAAGCCGGUUUAAGGCAAUGUAUAAACAAGAGUGAACAAC